UUUACAAAUCAGCUGUUUGUAGUGUCUAAUCAAAUUUAAUAGUUUAUAAACUGUAAAUUUUGCCAAUUUUUCUUAUUUUCUAAAUGGAAAUUACAUUGGCACUGCUGAAACCGCAUGCGGUACGAAAUGUAUACGCAUUCCAACAGAUACAACAAAUACUUCAAAAGAAUUUUAAAAUUUUGCACACUAAAGAAGUACAUAUUACGAAAGAGAUAUCUGAACAUUUCUAUGCCGAGCAUAAAGGAAAAUUCUUCUACAACCGACUUGUUACAUUCAUGGGCAGCGGACCUUGUUACGCAUUUGUUCUGCAAUCCAAAAAUUGUAUUGCUAAGUGGCGUGAAUUGAUGGGGCCAACCAAAGUGUACAAAGCUGUUUAUUCGCAUCCUGAUUGCAUACGAGCGCUAUACGGUCUGUCCGACACACGUAAUGCAUGCCAUGGUUCCGAUAGUGAAGAGUCAGCGGUGCGAGAAAUUUCUAUAAUAUUUCCUGAAUUGAAUAAGAAUCAAUUAACUGCAGCUGAAAGCUAAUAUUUGAAGAAAAUCAGGCAUUUUAAAAGCUGUGAUGGGAUGUUAGUUAAUUUCAAUUUUUUUCUUCAUUAAGCUCGUUGUAUAUCAGUAAUAGCUUAAGAUUAUUAUAAUUCUUUAGAUGGAUAGCAAAAACUAUGUUGGGAGGAGCAUUUGUUAAAGUUUUCUGAGAGUUGCAUUUAAACUUUAUUGUAUAUGUUCAUAGCUACAUAUGUAUAUAUAUCCAUAUAUAGUUAAUAUUAUGAAAAUAAAAUAAUAAGAAUUUCUUGAAA